UCGUGGAUUAUUUAACUGAUAACAUCUUAGUUGUGCGUGCAUUUUUCUAUUUGCUAGUUUGCCUUUGUUGUAUAUGAGCAUGUGUGCAUAUGUGAGUGUGCAUGUGUUAUGGAUUUUUAUUUGCUUGUGUACUUGAGUAUCAUUUUGGUUUUGUUAUGCGGGUGUUUGAAAAGCCAUCCAUGUGCUCUGCUGCCUUUACUGCCUUUGCUGCCUCAGUCGUCUUGUAUUUUUGCCGGUGUAUUGACGCAUGUGAAGAGUAAUUGGUUAAAAUUUGUGUUUUUUUUGUUUUUGGAAAAUGAAAAUAUGAUUGUAAGAUGUAAAAUAUGGAAUUAAGAAUUUUGGCAAAUAAAAUCAAAAUUCAGUGCAAAGAUUAGUCCUUAGAAUCGGAAGAAAAUUUAUUAAUCGUGUAGAACGUUAGAGAAGAGACAACAUGAGGCUGGUCAGCAGGAAUUUUGAUAAAGGCGCACAGGGUUCGGUAACCCUGAUACCAGAAGAGUCCGAAGAUAUGUGGCACACCUACAAUUUGAUUGCGGAAGGCGAUCAAGUGCGGAGUACGACUAUACGGAAGGUGCAAAAUGAAUCGGUGACAGGCUCAUCGACGAGCAAUCGUGUGCGCACUACACUCACAAUAAGUGUUGAGUCCAUCGAUUUUGAUACACAAGCUUGCAUGCUACGCUUGAAGGGACGCAAUAUUGAGGAGAACCAAUACGUUAAGAUGGGCGCCUAUCACACACUUGAUUUGGAGCUGAAUCGAAAAUUUGAGUUGCGCAAAGCAGAAUGGGACACAAUCGCUCUGGAACGUAUCGAAAUGGCCUGCGACCCGGUGCAGUCCUCGGAUUUAGCAGCAGUUGUAAUGCAAGAGGGUCUGGCGUAUUUAUGUCUGAUUACGGCUAGCAUGACACUGGUGCGAAGUAAAAUUGAAGUCUCAAUCCCGCGCAAGCGAAAAGGCUACACCCAACAGCACGAGAAGGGAUUGGUGAAGUUCUACGAAAGCGUCAUGCAGGGCAUUUUGAGGCAUGUCAAUUUUGAUAUAGUCAAAUGUGUGUUGAUAGCAUCGCCCGGUUUUGUGCGUGAUCAAUUCUUCGAAUAUAUGUUCCAGCAAGCGGUCAAAGCUGAUAUCAAAAUACUACUAGACAAUAAAAGUAAAUUUGUACUUGUGCGUUCAUCUUCGGGCUUCAAGCAAGCGCUGAAAGAAGUGCUGCAAGAUCCCAGUGUAAUGGUGAAAAUAUCCGAUACAAAAGCGGUUAGAGAGGUGAAAGUGCUGGAACAGUUCUACACCAUGCUGCAUUCUGAGCCAGCGAGAGCUUUUUAUGGUAAAAAACACGUGAUGGAGGCGGCCAAAGCGAUGGCGAUAGAAACUUUGCUCAUAUCGGAUAACCUAUUCCGUUGUCAAGAUGUCAAUCAGCGUAAGGAAUACGUAAAUCUAGUUGAAUCUGUGCGCGAAGCCGGUGGUGAAGUGAAAAUAUUCUCAAGCAUGCAUAUCUCAGGAGAACAACUUGCCAAUUUGACCGGCAUAGCAGCUAUGUUACGCUUUCCCAUGCCUGAACUGGACGACAGUGGGGAAGAUGAUGAUGAUGACGAUUCUGCCGCUUCGGAAUAAAAUUUGUGUAGUGUUUGAUGAGCGUUUACAUAUAUAAUUAUAUAUGUUGAAUAAAUUAGUAAAUAGGAAAUGGAUCUGUAAUCAAAACAUAUUUAAAUUAUUUUAAUUAGCAAUAAAGCCUACUAACCAACGCCUA